AGCUCAUACGCAGCCAGUGAAGGUUUUAUUCUGUUUGCAUGAGGAAAACAUCGUGUCUGAAAGCUGUCACAUGGGGCCAGCAAGGAGGAAAAAAAAUCGCUUCCUGAAAUGAUCCUCGUCACUGGCUGAGUGUUGUUGUGUUUUUUUUUUUCUCUAAUGUAAUCUCGCAUCGCGCUUAAUUUUCCAUCCGGAUCUUUUUUUUUCUGGCCGACUGUCGCUGCCGAUGAUGAUCAGCAAAGUUAAAAACGCGAUGUCCACUCUGGUAGGAGGGAUGAUGCCGCACGGACACCACCACCACCACAACCAUCACUCAGGUGGGGGCCAGACCUGCGGACCGGACAGCCUGCCGCCGCGCUUCCCUUACGGUCGGCCGGAUUUCUUGGACCUCACCCCGGAGCUCCUGCAGUACUCCACCGAGCACGCAUCACGGCCGGUUCUCACGCUAAAGAGAGGCAGCAGGCUUCCCUGGACGACGGGAUACGCAGAGGUGAUCAAUGCAGGGAAGAGCAUGCUGAACGAGGACCAGGCCUCCUGUGAGAAACUGUUUGUGAAGAAGCCGAGCGGCAAACACCGGAACUCCACUCUGCUGGAGGACAACGGGGAUGGCACAGGAAUUCCUCUCCACUUCUGGGGGGUGUUUGAUGGACAUGCAGGUUCCGGAGCCGCCAUCAUGGCCUCCAAACUUCUUCACCGUCUCAUCAGAGACCGUCUGGGAGAAAUCUGCCACCUGCUAGAGAAUCCCAGCAGCGCACCUCCGAUCUGCUUGGCCAAGAACGGCAGCCCGUACCAGGCAGAGACAAAGAAAGGAGCCGCACAGGAACCGGAGGACCCAGACGCUGUCAACGACUCCUCAGUGCGCUUUCACAUGGAGAAGGUUGUCAGUUUGGAGAGUCUGGUGAUGGGAGUCAUAGAGACCGCCUUCAAACAGAUGGAUGACCUAAUUGAAAAGGAAAAAACGUCCUAUGCCAUCUCUGGUGGGUGUUGUGCCUUAGCUGCCAUUCAUUUAAUGGGGAAACUCUACGUAGCCAAUGCUGGAGAUAGCAGGGCCAUAAUCAUACGAAAUAAUGAAGUUAUUCCCAUGACUAAUGAAUUCACACCUGAGUCAGAGAGGCAGCGGCUACAGUAUCUGGGCUUCCUGAGGCCAGAGCUUCUGGGUAAUGAGUUCACUCACAUUGAGUUCCCUCGUAGGAUCCAGCACAGCGAGCUGGGCAAAAAGAUGCUCUACAGAGACCACACCAUGACCGGCUGGGCUUAUAAGACAAUCAUUGAAGAUGAUCUGAAAUUCCCCCUGAUAUACGGAGAGGGGAAAAAGGCUCGUGUCAUGGCGACAAUCGGAGUGACCCGUGGGCUGGGAGAUCAUGACCUGAAGGUGUACAACUCCAACAUUUACAUCAAGCCCUUCCUGUCAUGCGUCCCUGAGGUGAAAGUUUACAAUGUGGAUGAAAACAAACACGGCCCAGACGACGUCCUGGUCAUGGGUACAGAUGGACUGUGGGACGUAACGACGGACAGGGAAGUGGCAGAUGCGGUGUCAGCCUACUUAUCCUGCUGUGACCCCUCUGAUCCCAUGAGGUAUACACUGGCCGCCCAGGACCUGCUGAUGAGGUCUCGAGGGGUGCUGAAAGAGCGUGGUUGGCGGCUACCCAAUGACAAACUGGGCUCAGGUGAUGACAUAACUGUAUUUGUCAUCCCACUGGCAGGGAGUGAGUCAGAGACAUGAUGAGGUGUUGCAGCGACCGCUAUGACAGAGCUGACUCUUCAGGAUCCUUCCCACCGUCCCUCCAAGCUCCCUCAACCCUGGACCGACGGGGCAGCGGGAGAUAAAAACACCAUCGCUGAGCUGACCUGUUUUCUCAUCCGACACAUCUCAUUGUACCGCUGACUGUGUUAACCUACAUGUGACUCAUAAAACAAAAGUGAACCGAAAUGAACCUUCGUCAUAGGGGAGACUCGGGUCUGAGCAGCACCUCCAUCAACCACUAGAUCAGACUCCGUCCCACUUGCUUCACUUCAACCUAACCCAGGAUCCCAUCUCCCUUGGUCUCAGUCAUGUAACAAAAGAUUUUCAGUGACAUUAUAAGAGAAGUCACAAUCUGUGUCUCAGACCUGCUGUUUGUGACAGUUGCCAGUGAGAAUUAAAUCCUUGUAGUAUUUUUGUUCCCUGUUUAUGUUCAAGGCUGGACCGCUUCUCAAACUUUUCAACAGAUUGUUCAUUUUCAUGUCAUCAUCUAAAUGUGAGUCUCUUUUGUAAAAAAAAAAAAAAAAAAAAAAAAAAAAAAAAAAAAAAACAACAACAAAAAACAAUCAUAAAUUGCAAAAGGGAUUGCAGUAGAGAAUGUGAGGAAACCAAAGAGAUGCCGGGAUGGCAUGAGG